AUGGUAAAUGUUGCUGUAUUAGGUGCUUCAAAUGAUUCAUUAUCACCAUGUACUUCAUUAGAUUGGAACACUGUCAAUAAAGAUAGAUUAGGAACUUGUUCUUUAGAUACUACAGUUACUGUAUGGUCAGUUGAAACUCAUCAACCAAUAAAAAAAUUAAUUGCACAUGAUAAAGAAGUUUAUGACAUUUCAUUUGCAUCUAAUCCUGAUUUAUUUGGAACAGUUGGAGGAGAUGGUUCAUUGAGAAUGUUUGAUUUACGUUCAUUAGAACAUUCAACUAUUUUGUAUGAGUCUCAAGGUCUUGUUCCUUUGUUAAGAUUAGCUUGGAAUCAUUUUGAUCCUAAUUUCAUUGCUACAUUCUCUUCUGAUUCAAAUAAGGUUAUUGUCAUUGAUGCAAGAAAACCAGCUGUUCCAUACACUGAACUUGCUUUGCAUCAAAGUAAUGUUAAUGCUAUUUGUUGGAGUCCACAUAGUAGCACUCAUAUUUGUAGUGCAUCAACAGAUAGAAAAGCAUUAAUUUGGGAUUUGUAUCCUAUAGAAACAUUAAAUGAUCCAGUUGCAAUCCAAUAUGAAGCAUUAUCACCAGUCAAUGAUAUCUCAUGGUGUGGAACUAAUUCUGAUCUCAUUUGUAUGUCAGUUGGAAAUCAAAUUCUAGCGGUCCGAAUUUAA